UGGAGGAUGGUAAGAGGCAUUAUCUCGCCGUGAAAUCAUAGUCACGGCUUCAACUGUUUGCCGGUCCAGUUCCACUGAAGUCCAGAACGUUACUUGAUAGACUUUGAUUUCAGUACCGUUCGAUAUAAGGGAACUGAGCACAUCUCACAGUAGUACCGAGAUCAAACUGCGUGGGUUUAAACAUGCCAAACUAUAAAUUAACGUACUUCAAACUGAGAGGGAGAGCAGAAACAGCUCGAUACAUUUUUGCAUACAGUGGAAUAAAUUAUGAAGAUGAAACAAUUGAAAGAUCUGUUUGGGACCAUUUAAAAUCAAAUCUGCUGUUUAAACAACUUCCGAUUCUGAAAGUAGAUAAUAUUGAACUGAACCAGAGCACUGCCAUUGCAAGGUACCUGGCUAGAGAAACAGGCUUAGCUGGGAAAAGCAGCAUUGAACAAGCUCAAGUGGAUGCCAUCGUGGACACAAUCAAUGACUACAUGAACCUAUUUCCUUGGACCGAGAAGAAUGAAGCUGUGAAACAAAGGAUGAAUGAAGACAUUGUCACCAAUAAAGUACCCAUACUUCUGGAAGGCUUGACCAAACUCCUGGGGGACCGAUCUUGGUUUGUUGGCGAUUCAGUUACCUGGGCAGAUUUUCACUGGGCUGUCUGUUCGAUCACUCUCAUCAGCCUAAAUGCCAACCUGCAUAACUAUCCCAGUUUGCUGGCUUUGAAAGAACGAAUUGAAGCUCUCCCUCAAAUUGCAAGCUGGAUAGAACGGCGACCAAAGACUCCACUGUAAAGUUACAGCAUCAGUUCUCUGGAAAAGUUAUUUUACUUAAAAGGAUUUUACACUUCCAGACUAAAGUACGAUUCACACAGUAUCUUCAAGUUGUAAAUACUAGUCUUUAUCUUGGAGUAAUUGCUAUAAAUUUCUAAGAUUGAAGCUUUCAGUUUCUAAUCUGUUAGGAUGUUAAAGAAGAUCCAAAGACGAGGCUCAUAUUCCCUCCAGUACAUUAGAUUGAAAGGGUGAACUAAUAGAUGCACUUGGUGGACAAGGCUGAUCCUAUAACAAAGUUUGUGCAAUAUUAGGAAGCAUUUCUUCAUAAAAGGCAGUAGAAAUCAAUAACCUAUUCUCACAAAACUAAAUGGAGCUUUAGAGAGAAUUCAGAACUGAGUGAUAAACUGAUAUAGGGUUAGGGAUUGUGAGAAAUGUAGUUAAGAUACAGAUUAAGCUGAAUGCCUGAAUGGCAUCCAUCUACUCAGCACUUGGGAUGAGAUGGAGCAGUUGUCAUUCUGGCCUGUUCUGUGACACCUGAUUAUGUCUAAAGCAACAUUGUCUUCUUCUUGUCAGAUUGAAAUAUUUAAAUUAACAGUUUAGGCAAUGGAAUAAGUACAAGUGAUUUCAGAAUUUAAAGGGGCUACAAAACAGGUUUAAGUAACACUGAGAAGGGUUGUGUCAGGUUUCAAAAUGUUUAUGAAUUUGCAGUACAGGCAUACUGGGAAAUAAAAUUUAAGCAAGUGAUACAUUGCACUUCAGUUAGAUGAAAAGAAACAAAUAAAAGGAUAAAUUGGAUAUUGACAUUGAAACAAAAAAAAAACACUAAAAGUGGAAUUGUAGACAGCCCAAUUUUAGAAGUGGAACUGAAGAGGAGUGCAGUUGUGUUAAACAUUUAUUUGCUAUUGUUUAGAUUACACUUGAAUAUUACAUACUCGUCAUUAUGCAAAGGAAAAGGGAAAAGGUGACCAAGAAUAGCAGCAAAAAUGUAAGGUGAAUGCUAUUGGAAAAGGGUAACAUGAUUGGUAUCAUAUUUCAUCAAAAGGGAAGGCUUAGGGAAGAGGCCUUUAUCACUGGAAGAUAAUUUGAUGGAACAAGGUGGGGAAGUAUAAAACUAAAGGUCAUUUAUGAAAGCCCAGAAACUAAAUGUAAAAUUCAGAAUAAAUACCAUUUCCUGUAGAGAUGAGAACACGGAGUGCUUUGAGGUGAGCAGUAUGCAUAUUUAGAGCAAGGCUAGAAUAUUCUUGAAGCCAUCUUGUGAAAUACACCAACUUGGAUGUGCAUUGUAAUAUUCUAUCAAGAUUAUAGCUGUCAAUACAGCAAUGGAGAUGUUUAAUAAUCUAAGCAAUUUAACUUAUGUAACUCAAUUACUUUUGUAAGGCAGCUUUACAUUGUUAGUUGUGGCUUUCUUAAACAUGAAUUACUGCACUCAUCUGUACAUAUUAUUAAUGACUAUGACAACCAAAUGGUGCAUGUAUUUUACCUGCAAUAUACAUUUCAGCAGGUGAAUCAAAUAUGAGAUGCAAGUUAAUCUUAUAGCAUAAAAAUCCUUUGGCUCACUGAGGUCGUGCCAUGCACCCACCCACAAUAACCUAACCUCCCCUCUCCCCAUGUUUUCAUCAACUUUCCCAGAUUCUCCCAUUCACCAACACACUGAGCAACUUAGUGUAGCUGAUUAUUCUACCAAAUCUCAUCUUUAGGAUGGAGACAGAAACUGGAGUACCCAGAGGAAACCUGUGUGGUCACCAGGAGAAUGCAAAUUCCAUACAAACGGCACAACCGAUCAUAAUUGAAUGUGGGUUACUGAAGCUCAGGCAGCAUCUCUAUCUGCUGUGCCCCCCCCCGCCCAUUAAAUGUCCCAGACUGGCAAAAGGGAUUUAAAAGUUCAGUACAGCAUAAAUUCAAUACUGCAUUCAGUGGUACAAAAAAACAUCUGUAUACAAUAUUUGAAGAUAAAUUCUGUGCGAGACUUGAAAAGUAAUAAUAAGAGCAAGUUUUACUUGCUACAGUCUGCUCUACACUGAGUAGCUUCUAGCAAACAUGAUUCUGAACUCUUGGCUACACUGGGCAACAGCUAUUGGUAUUAUUAUUGUCACACCUACCAAAAUAUAGGUGAAAAACUUUUGUUUGGCAUGCCAUCUAGACAGAUCAUUCCAUACAUAAGUACAAUUGAGAUAGCAAAAACAAAAACAGAAUGCAAAAAAACAGUAUUUAGAGUAAGUGCAGAAUGGAGAAACAAGUAAUUUGCAAGGGCCAAGGCACAUCACACCCUUGAACGUUCAUAUAAGCAGCUUUGCUUGAAUCUGAUGGUACCUGGUUUUCUAUCUUUUACCUAUUGGGAGAAGGGUCAAGAGGGAGGAUCCUAAACCAUGUUGACUGCUUUUCCAAGGCACUGAAUAGUGGAGAAUGAUCAAUGGAGGGGACACAGUGCUGAUGUGACAUUUCAGGAUACUAAAUUGUGAGAUUGGAAAUUUUGCUCUGUUUAAAAAGUAUUUUAAAUAAAUUUAUAAUUAUAAUAGCAUACAAUUAAUAGCCUUAAUAGUAUUUAUAAUCCCAAGGAAAUAAUAGCUUAAAUUAACUUCAUUAACUAGAUCUUGGAAAUUUUGCAUAGAGAACACAUUACUACUUUGUUAACAGUUGAACCUAGGACCAUAGUUAACAUUUACUGAAGUCAUUGGCUUGCAAGAUAAUUCAAGUAUAUUUUGUAUUGCUUAACCUUUUGUGAUAAUUUGGCUAAUAAUGUGCAGACUGAGCCAGAAUUAGGAUACACAGCUGUUAGGAAUUUCCUAGGGUCCUCCCAAUUAUGAACUCCUGACUUAUACAAAAGAAUGGGAAACUAGCAGGAUGAAUCAUUGGCUGUUGUGGACUACCUGGGGAUCACAAGUAAUGACUUUUCACAGGAGAUAAAAAAAUUUCUAAUAUGCAUCAUGCUAUUGCAAAAGUAAUAAAAAUACAAAUUGAUUCAUUAUUGUACUUGUUUUUAUAUGUGCAUUAAGUCUGUUCUACUAGUGUUUAUGUCCUGAUACAUUUUCUUCUAACCCCUCAGCUCUUGAGAUUCAGAACAUUUCUA